AUGAGUGACACAAAAGAAGUUAAAAUGCAGAUAACACCAGAAACUCCAGGCCGAGUCACAAUCCUGAAUCCGUUUGAAAGUCCCAAUGAUUACUACACUCUUCAGGAGCAGAUUGUCUCUAGUCCUUCAGUCUUUAAAGCAACAAAAUCUUCAUCUACACCAGGAAAAUUUAGAUGGUCUAUUGAUCAGCUUGCUCUGAUAAAUCCUGUGGAAAUUGACUCAGAAGAUGUUCGACGCCAAGCAAUGUAUUUGAGUCAUGCUAGAAUUGAUAAGGAGACGGAAGACAGAAGGCAAAAAGCCAUUGAGGAGUUUUUCACAAAAAGACUCAUAGUUCCUUCUCCUUGGACUGAACAUGAAGGCAAGCAAGUUUCUCAGUUUAAUUCAACUAGAUCCAUAGAUCUAAAUAACAUUUCUCCAAUUGGAAGACAGCUAACUUUGCAGCCUGGGAAAAGCAAUGCUGCAUGUCAAACAAUCCUGUCUUUGCCAGUGGAUUUUAAUUUAGAGAAAAUAUUAGGUGAAUAUUUUAGAGCUGAUGAAUUGGCAGAUCAGUCUCAGGAAAAUCUGAGCUCUUCGUCACUCAGAAGAAAGCUGUUUUUAGAAGAAAAUGGAAGCGUGUCCGAGUGUUUGUCCCCUUCUCUGCACAGCCCUUGUGGCAGUCAGCCCCUUGGAGUGCUUUGUUCCAUCGACAUUUCUCCUGUCCGGUGCAGAAGCCCUCUGGAAACAUCUGGUUCAGGUCAGUUUUCAUCAAGUCCUAUUCAGGGAGGAACAAGGGCUUAUAGUUUGGGAAGUAUCACCAGUCCCACAUUUCCAGAGGGGUCUCCUGCACAUAGUGGUUCUCCUAGUUUUUCACCAGUUGCUUUUCAUAUACGAAAGACACCACUGUCAGACCAAAGAAAAUUUACAUUUUGCUCUCCAGAUAUCCCUUCUUCCUCAAAUAGAAUGACACCUCCAAGUACAAGAAGUCCUUAUAUAGAUGGUUGUUCUCCAAUUAAAAAUUGUUCUCCUAUGAGGCUUGGAACAUGUAGAGGAGCUGCUCAGUAUCAGACUUCAGUCAUUAGAAUACCAAUUGCAGUUGAGAACCAUGGUGAGGAUGAGGAAGACAAGGUGAAUGCUUCUCCAGCGGAAGCGCGGUUCGCAGAGCUGGAUAACGGAAUAAACUUACGUCAGCAAGACAGCGACGCUUUUGCGCGUGGUACCCAUCUUGUGGUAGCGACUGUGUCCAUUGCAUCCGAUCACUCGGAAGCUUGUCGUCCAAGGUUGACGUCAUUUCAGGAUAUAGAAGGCUCAAAGGAAAAUAACACGGUAGAUAUGGCUGAUGCAGCUGAAGUGUCAGAGGAAAACACGUGGAUAAAAGAAACGAUUGGCAAUAGCAGCGCACCAGUGACCAGCUUCAUGACGGGGAUUACUUUCAGCAUUGAAAACUCUCGCAUGUGCAUGUCGCCGCUUGCAGAGAGCAGCGCAAUUCCUUGUGACAACAGUAGUAUUCAGGUGGACAGUGGUUAUAAUACCCAGACUUGUGGAAGCAGCAUUAUGGAUACCGCAGGGGCUGAAAACAGUUGCAGAGAAAAUGAUGUGAAUACUAACGUGUUUCCAAGUAAAUCUCAGCUGCUUAGAACAAAGGAGUGUUCCAUUUUAAACCAUAAGGAAAAUCAGUUGCUGAGAGCAAAAUCUCCAGAGAAGCAAUCCUGUUUCCAAAAAAUAAAAACACAUAGUACAGUAUUUGGUCAAAAUGCAACUUGCAACAUUUCUGCCUGGAACAAAAAUGAAGCUCAAGUUCAGGAAUUUCAGAGGAAUG